CACAGUACUUCUUACUCAUGCUGGUCAUCUUCAUUGCCGAAAUCGCAGCCGCUGUCGUCAUCUUCGCCUUCACCUCCUUCGCUCACAGCAUCGUCCUGGACAAAUCGCUGACGGCCUUGAAGAAUAAAUACAUGGGCUACAAGGACAACGACAUUGUGUCCUUCGGGUGGAACGCGUUCAUGCUGCAGCUGAACUGCUGCGGGCUUCACAACUACACCGACUUCUCCGGCUCCGUCUUUCAACUACGGACCAACCUGACCUAUCCCAAAACCUGCUGCAAAGACCCAAGGAGCUCGGCGUGCAACGGCCUGGACGUCGGCCACGAGGUCAUCCACCAGGAGGGCUGCUUCCGCAAGCUGGUGUCCCUGAUCAAAGAGAAGAGCAUACUGCUUGGGGCAGCUGCUACCGGAGCCGCUGUGCUGCAACUGGCAGCCAUGAUCGUCUCCUUAAUGCUGUACAUUAAACUGGGAUGACCCCGUCUGAAGAACCACGGCGGAAGGACGGAGGCAGUUGGCAUCUCCCAAACACCGGGGCUAUGUCUGCCCUCGGGCUUCUUGCUGUGUGCGCCCCACUCCCCUCCCCCCAAUGCAACAAAACUCCCGGGCUAUGUCUACACUCACAGC